AUGUUGACCGCCAUCGUUUUCGUCGUUAGUUUUGUGGUGUAUGGAAUAGAGGGAGGAACAACAGAAAAUGUCAAUGGUGUUAAACUGGAAUGCCAUAUCAAGAAGUACGAUUUGGACGGUGAUUCAAUGGUCACGAAAGAAGAAUUCCUUACAGUUACCCAAGACUUCAAGGAGAUGGACACAAAUAUCUUAUUUCAGCGUUUGGACAAAAAUGGUGACCAGACAAUAGAAACAGAGGAGUUCAAAGACGUGGAUCCAAGUAUCAUAAAGACCGGGAUUUUUAACCAUUGCAGACGUCUCCGUUGUAGAGCUUUUUGUUUUAGUAUUAUUUGGUAG